AGAGAAAGAGAGAGAGAGAGAGUGCAGCGCAGACACCGGCUUGACUGUGCUACUGAGGCAUUUCUUCAUGUUAUCUGAGAAAUGUUCCUGUUGAAGGGAAACUGUUCAUCUUCUGUCUGCUGUAGAGAAGCACGGUUCAUCCCGGUGCGCCUGCAGGGAUUUCGGCUCAUUAACUGACCAAAGGCUCUGACAUUUCUGUCCCCCCCCCCAACCCCCGUGUCCGGACCCUCCCCCACAUUGCCCUUUGACUCACCUGAGCGAAGACGGCAGAAGACCUGCAGAUCCCUCCCCUCUGAAUACUGCUCAUUCACCUGAAGAGAGAGGACAUACGAGAUACAGGAUGGACAACAGCUAUGCUCUCUCUCACGCUGCGCUGGCUGCUUGACUCACUUCUGGUUUGGAAGAGAGACGCAGAGAGGAGCACGGAGAAGAACUUGUGCUCCCCUGGAUUAGAAUUCGAGGAGAGCUGGUCCUGAUCGUAGGAGCGAGGCUUUGAGGAUGAUCUUAGGAAGCAUCAACCGAACUGGGGCUGUCCCUACAUUUCUGCGGACCCCCACCGUCAUCCAGCCUCAUCUGGAUAUGAAGCCCUUCUUACAGUUUCAAAUGGAGACUCCUCCACACAGCGUUGGGCUUUUCCACAACUUCAACGCGAUGGAUCCUGUUCAGAAGGCAGUGAUCAACCACACCUUUGGAGUCCCACUGGUGAAGACCAAACGGCCAGUCAUUUCCUGUAAUGUCUGCCAGAUCCGUUUCAACUCUGAGAGUCAGGCAGAAGCCCACUACAAGGGGAACCGUCAUGCUAGGAGAGUCAAAGGCAUCGAGACCUCCAAGAGCCGCCCGCAAGAGAGUGACAAACCUCCUCCUGGGCCCGUCUCGUCCCCCUCACCUACGGGACCCUUGCCGGCAGUCUCAGACACUGAGACCAACAAAACGGAUGAGACGCGGCCAGCGCCACAGUUAAACGGACCCGCGGUGGCCCCGGGGCCCUUGGCCAUUUCUGCUCCCCCUACCCCAGAAUCCCCCGGUCCUUCUGCAUGCCCUCUUCUGCCCACCCCCACUACCCCUCAACCACCCCCAGCCACCUCCUCAUCCCCCGGCUGUGGCUCUUCUAACCCAGAGCAGGCUGGCACCGGAGCCCCAGGGGCGCCAUCAGUCACUCCCAGCAACCCUGAGACCGAAGAGGAUAAAGCCAAGAAGCUGCUUUACUGCUCACUGUGCAAAGUGGCCGUCAAUUCGCUCUCCCAGUUGGAGGCCCACAAUAAAGGCACUAAACACAAAACGAUUCUGGAAGCCCGCAGUGGACUGGGCCCCAUUAAGGCAUACCCUCGUUUGGGCCCGAAGCCCAGCGGGGAGCAGGGAGGCGGGGCGUCAGACCCCAAUACUCAGGAACGCACCUUCCACUGUGAGAUCUGCAAUGUGCGGGUCAACUCAGAACUGCAGCUCAAACAGCACAUAUCCAGUCGACGGCACCGGGACGGAGUGGCAGGAAAGCCAAACCCCCUCCUGAGCCGACACAAGAAGCACAGGGGAGCUGACCUUGCGGAUCUCACCAAAGCAUUAGGCGCCGGCCUCCUGCCGAGUCCUCUGGCCGUUGCUGCAGCAAUGGCAGCGGCCGCCUCCUCCAAUCCGCUGGCUCUCCGCGCAGCAGGCCCCGCCCCCCAUCCACAUCAUCACCUCCUCCAGGGUCCGCCCCUCAGUCACGCCAUCUUGAGACCAGCUCCGGGGCCCAUACGCACCUCACACGGUCCGAUCCUGUUCUCACCGUACUGACUCCACCCACACCCCCCUUAGCCAAUCACAGCCAGUCCGGAGCCUCACCUCCAAAAGCACACUGUGAAGAAGAAAAAAUAAUGACUAGAAUCGGCUCAUCAACAAUAACGUCAAUCAUCAAACCAAGCAGAAGGGGGCGCAAAGUGGGAUCAAUCACGAAGGAGGGUGCAACUGGCGUUCCAACUCUCUUUCCAUCACCCUUAACUGCCUCCUCCAUCUCUGUCCGUUUGGUUUGAGUGAUUUAUUCGUUGGUGGAUGAAUGGACAAAUGCAGGGAUUGUUGGAAUAGAGCAAUAUUGUAUGUAUCUGACAUCCUUGUUCCUUCCCUCUAUUUAUACUCAUACUGUGAGGUAGCAGAAGUCACAUCGUAGCCAGACAUGCUGGAAUGAGUUAGGCAACUUUCUAGAGACCCCAAAACACACAAACCAACACACAAAGACUACAGUUAAAUGUUUCUGUUGUUCUGAAUAAAUGCACCCUCAACCCUAUGCACCUUGAGAAACCUACAGAAACCAUGUUACAUCAGUACGCUUCUCGUAGUAUUUGCUGUAUUCAAAUUGUCCUGUCUGGCUUUGGCAUCUUUGCAAGAGGAAAACGCCACAAUCUCAGUCGCAGUUCCACCACGUCACAGCAGGGGAUUGUGGGGAAGGUCUAAGGAUGCCCGACUCUUUCCGAAUGCUGGUUCAAAAUGAGCGUAAGAAGCUUAGCUUCGUCGACUUCAUACGGUCGCAUCUCUCUAGGGAAACGGAGAGAUGCAGAAGAGAUACUCGAGAUCUCUUUUGUGUCGCUUUUACAUCCGUUAGCGCCAAGAGCGGUUGACUGAAAAACCCCAGACCUCUGUCUUAGAUCUUAGAAAAACUCAGUAGAUGUCUAUUUAUUCUAUUGCGUAGCGUAGUUUAGUUCAGAACAUCCAAGCUGGUUGACUUUAGAAAAAUAUUCAGAAGUGAAAUAUGUGCGUAGAGAAUGAUGUAACUGCUGGUAGAUGCUGAAAUAAGAUGGACGGGUACUUUGAUUCUCAGAGAAAGGCAACAAACCUAAGCACACACUUGGACUAACAGUACAUACAGGCUCCUCUGUUCAUUUUGUCUCUGUAUGUUCGGUGGACAUUAUGCAACCCCCUAGCAAUACGGCCCCCACUUUUGUCCGACUUCUGCGUUCAGUCUCACGAGUCAGCCUGCAUCCCGGCAAGGACUGACGCCGCAGGUCAGCCACUCCAGCCGAACCCCAAGAGUCUAGAAAAGUGAACAGAGUGAAGACGCAGAGGAGGUCACUAAGGACACGACUGUGCAAUCUCUCCUUUUUUUGGUAUGAACUUCCUGUCUUGAAUCUAAAGCCAUGCAAUGCAUAUUAUUUUUGUUUUUAAUAUGAUCAAUUAAUUGUUUUGAUGUUGUUUUUUUGGUUCGUUUUCAUAGUACACUGUUACGUUGAACAAAUAUCGUUGUGGAAAUUCUGACAGAAAAAGUCAUUGAACAAAAGAAAAAAACAAGAAUAUUUUUCUAUGGAAGAUUGAAAACCUGCACUCGGAUGGGAUCGAGAUGUGGCUUACCCGUUGUAGAAAGCAUAUUUGGGGGAAGUGAAGUACAAAUAAUACAGAUAAACAUCAAACUAGAGCCUGUCGUGUUGGUGGAACUAUGCGGCAGUCUUCCAUUGAUAAUUCAAGUGUGACAAUGUCUUACUGUUGUUUGGAUAAGCAAAGUGUGACAAUGUCUUACUGUUGUUUGGAUAUUGCAAUGCAAUAAGCAAUUGAAUUAUGUCAUUUGUUGUAGAAGAUCAUUUAUAAAUGGUUCUGUACGGCUGCUAAUAGGCCUCCAUGUUCUUCCACAGAGAUAAAUUAGCCUUUCCAGUACAAAAGCUGGGAGUUUAAAAAGUAAGAAAGGGGCACCCACAGGGACGGGCCCUUCAUAUUAAAGGGUCUUUUCUCAUCUCUGAGUGGGGGGACAGGGUAUAUCUGAACACAAACAAUGUGUAGUCAGCCAUAGCCUUUGCGUAUGUAGCUUAGUUUACCUUUUUGUUUCUUCGUGGCAUUGUUUGCAUUGUGUGGAAAGCGUCAUGAUAAUGCCAUUACUUCAUGCUAACUGUGGUUAGCAUCCACCAUUGUGCUUUGAUGAAACUUUACCUCUGUUUCUCAUUAGUUACCGAGGCACUAGUAUGGUGUAGUUUCAUGUCGGUGUGUAUCGUGUAGUGUCGUGUGCGUACGGAUAGAAUCCGGUUCGAUGAGCAGAAUCUGCUUUUAAGGGAUUGUUCACUAAAAGAUCAAUCUUCUGUUGUCAUUUACUCACCCUUCAUGUAAUUUCAAACCCAUAUGCUGUUAUUAUUUUCUUCAGUGGAAGAUAUUUAUGAAGAAUCACAGUACAACAACAGUUUAUAGUGACCAGGGGGUGUCAAGCACCAAAAAACGUCCAAAAUUAGUCUUUUUAUGGCGAUAAAUACAAUAAUCAUACCUACAAACUCGUCGUCUUUCGGCAAAUUUGCCAUUCUGACAUUGAAAUUCAGACCGCCACCUACUGUCCGAGAGUGAUUUUACAUUUUAAUUCAGCCUGUCUGUUAUGCACCAGAAAAACAAGUGCGCAGCCAUCUUUAUUUGUGUGUGUGUGUGUGUGUUUGAACUUCCGUUUCUGCGGUAGCUCUGUAUAUUUAUAUGGUAUCGCUGUCAACAAGGGUUAAUUCACUCAAAAAUGAAAAUAAUGUCAUUUAUUACUCGCCCUCAUGUCGUUCCACACCCGUAAGACCUUCGUUCAUCUUCGGAACACAAAUUAAGAUAUUUUUGAUGAAAUCCGAUGGCUCAGUGAGGCCUGCAUAGCCAGCAAUGACAUUUCCUCUCUCAAGAUCCAUUAAUGUACUAAAAACAUAUUUAAAUCAGUUCAUGUGAGUACAGUGGUUCAAUAUUAAUAUUAUAAAGCCAAAAGAAUAUUUUUGGUGCGCCAAAAAAAACAAAAUAACGACUUAUAUAGUGAUGGCCGAUUUCAAAACACUGCUUCAUGAAGCUUCAGAGCGUUAUGAAUCAGCAUGACGAAUCAUGAUUCGGAUCGCGUGUCAAACCGCCAAACUGCUGAAAUCACGUGACUUAUUCGACACAAAAGAUUCAUAACGUAGGGUGAGUAAUAAAUGACAUUAUUUUUGGGUGAACUAACCCUUUUUAUCAUGAGCAUUAUAAUGUUUGAAGCAGGUGUCAUAACAAAUGUCAGUAAACCGGGAAGAUUUCAAAACGAGCGUUUCAUUCAUAAAUCCAUAAGAUUUUACCUUCAUGCUGUGUAAAUAUACAAACCGGAAGACAGAACACAAAGAGCGCAGCGCUGGAAAGGGGCGGGGCUACACACCGUCUAUAUAACAUACAUACAUUGUUUAUUAGACUGAAAUGUGAGAUUUAUCAUUUUCUAAAACUUUUUAUUUUUGUCAGAACCUACAUUAUUUAAACAGUAAAGUUGUCUGAAUCGUAGUUUUUACAGUAUAGACCAUUGACAUUGGUACCCUACUUCUGUUGUAAAAUCAGAAUAUGAGAAAAAACAACAGCCUGUGGAUUUGGACGAACAUGAGGUUGAGUAAAUAAUGACAGUGUUUUUAUUUUUGGGAUGACCUAUUCCUGUAAACUGCACAUUUGCAAUCAGCUGUUUCUAUCCCAAACUUAAUUAUUAAAACAAUCAGUGGACGGAGUAUUCGGCUGAUUUCAGAUGAGCAUUUUGUGGUAACACUAUUAUGCGCACUGACACAUGCUGUAGUUUGAAACCAGGUGUCCAGUGCCCCAUUGAAACCAUGUGAGGUGAUAAAGCCAUCACAGCUAACACACUCCACAGGCUUGAGACAGACUCGCUUAGUCCCAUCCGUCAACACUGUAAAGACCAUGUUCAUCCUGUAGUGAGAACUAUGUCAUCACUGUACAGAAUUGUCUUUGGUAGAUUUAUUCAACCUUUCAGGGCAGGUGUAAUGUUAGUUGGUGAAAUCUAUUUUAGCCUUAGCCUUAUUCCACCCCAGGCCUCUCCAGGAGCAGACGCGGACGGAGAAGCUUCGGUCAAACCUCGUCUUGCCAAUAAAGUUAUUUUUGAAUUAAACUGUCAGAUGGGAAAACAGUAUGUGUGAUUGAACGUAGCAAUAUUCAACUCAUACUGGCUACUCUUGUUUAUUGCAAUAAGGAAAUCAACCAAUAGAUGCAUAUGUGAGUAAAAUAUUAUAGAUGUAAUUUAAAUCAAACACAGAAAAUUAUGGAAAUACUUGGUAUCAGAGAAACUUGGAGUUACCACAGGGGGAAAAAAGAAAAAAAAUCAAUGUCUAUAAAUCAAUAAAGAAUAUUAAAACUCA